AAUAUUCGGGUGACGGCGCUCAAACGUCCCGCCUCGCCGAUGCCCGUCAUGUCACCUGGAACCAAGAUGCAUUCGAGUAGACCGCGCUCUUCCUGACGACAUCGCAUCCGAUUCGCUCCCCGACCCACUUUCAAACCAUGGACAAAAUGCGUAGAUUCCUCGUCUAUUUCGUCAUCGUCACAAUUAUCAUGGCUGUCAUGUUCACGGAGGUUGAAGGUAGACGCAAAAUACUCCGUGGAAGAAAAACCAUCACCAGAACGUAUUACCGAAGUUUGGGAAUCCCUUCGUGGGUGUUAUUGACAAUAAUCGGCUUCGUUACGUUAGGUGUAAACGGUAUUGUAUAUGCCGUGCUAAGAAAAUUCAUUUUGUCCGACGAUGCGUAUAUGUUCAGCAGAGUAGUGGAACAUGAAGUUUAGCACCAACAGUUCCAGGAACCACUUAAAACGCACGCAGAUUGGGCGUAAGGAACCCCCUCCCACGCAUUCUGUUUCUAUGUGCGCUCGCAGAACAUUAAGCACAGUGUCAUAUCCACGAAAAACAUGUGAACUUUAGAAGUCUUUUUUUCUUCAUCAUUCUUGACGUACUAAAACCUCACACGCAGAUCAUUCGUGAUUGAUCCAAGCCCCAUUAAAGGUUGUCUGCUAUUUGAAAGUAAUAGAUACCGCCUCUAACGAAUCACUUCUAGGAAAAAGGUUGUCAGAUUUUGGAGACAGAGAUUUUUUUGGGUCAACAUCAAAAAGGAAAGCUUUUAUUUUCUUUGACGCAAUUCGCAAAAAAAAUAAUCCUCUCAGGUUUUAAAAUAUAUUAAGCACAGAAUAGAAUAUUGAAAUCAGUUUCUAUAAAAAAUUGCGAUGUUGCAAUUUUAGAAGAUAAUAUUGGCUUAUUCAAAUAUGUUCGAUUGAAUUUUAUCCUCAAUUCAUUUAAAAUUAGGGACUUGAAUCUAUUUAAAUGUAAUGUGGAUUGGUCCAUUUCGAAUGUCUCAUCUUGUGAGACCAUUCAGCAUGGAAGCGAAAAAAAUCACUACUUCUAGAGUUAAAUUUACGCAGAUUUGAAUGUAGGUAUGAGAACAUACACCAGUGAAAAAUAUUGUACCUCCACCCAGUACAUCCAACCAACCGUUCCGAUCAUUUGUACAAAACUAUGCAUGCUUGUCGAAUUAUACCUGUGUAGAUUGUUUCUGCAUUACGACCUUAUUUUAAAUUUCCCUGGACCAAUCACAACUAGCCACCAAUUAAAUUGAUCAUCCCGUAACCUUACUCUACCUAAAUUUAAGGAAAAAGUAUCAGCGAUCUUACAUGUAUACAUGUCUCCUUAGACUUAAGUUUUUAUACAACAAUAUAAUUUUAAAAAGAAAAAGAAAUACAUUUGUUUUCAACUAUUC